UCUCAAUUGUACAAUCAUGAAGUAAGAACCAAGAUCAAGUACAAUACCUCUAUAGGUAGGCACUGAGCGUACGAAAAAGAAAUGCACCACCCAUGGCCAUUUCAUAAGCAAGCCCUGAGGUGUGAUGAACGGUUUUCCCUUCUUCCAACGCCAAAACGUGACAGAGAAAGCCAGACUUCUCGGGUCACCACGGUUGCAUUGGCCUUGACUGACUCACUGACCAACCAACCACCCGAACCAUUGUUGGACGAACGAUUUGAAGCGUGUCAGACAUCAAUUGUAGCCCUCAGUCCCGAGAUUGUGUUUGAUCAUCUUUGGCCAUGUCAUCGUCAUCCCGGAGUUCUCUGCAUCAAGCAUUGGGCAAAUCUGCACUGAUCCAACUCAUUGAGAGACAACGGAAGCAGUUAUCGGAGUCCGAGAAGAUGGAGUUGAGCAGGAAAGUGGAGUCAUCCUGCAAUCGCUUCGAUCAGAAGGGCAAAGGUCGCUUGAGUGUGGAUGAUCUGUACAACGUGGUCCGACUUCAAAACAAGAUCGACACCACCAAAGAUGAUAUUCGGUCCUUGGUCCAAGACUUGGAUAUGGAUCGGGACCAGACCAUCUCGAUCGAGGAUUUCGUUUAUAUGCCCAUAUUAUCAGAGGCCGUGUUUGCGGCCAUGGACAAGAACAAAGAUGGUCUAGUGUCCAAAGGUGAGCUCAAAAUGGCUCAAAAGACUAUGACCAUGAAGGAAUUGAAAGAGAUCAUCGAUUCCAUCGACGAGAACUCUGACGGCCUUCUCACGUACGAAGAAAUCAAGGCCAUGUCAAAGCAAGCCUACAGCAAGAAGAACUCCAAACGAUCUCGAGAUCAAGAUGCCAAGUCCAAAAGCAAGAGCAAAAGUCGAAGUCGAAACCGGACAUCAAGAGACAAAUCCAACUCGAAGUGACUGUUUUCCUAUUUGUUUACGAUAAUGUACAAAAUUGACAAUCAUGUUGAAUGUUGUAGUUUUACAUAAAAUAUGUUUCAUAAAGCUGGGCUUUCUCACGGUUGUUCCGUGGGCAACGUUUCGUUUUGAUUGGCUUUCCAAUUAAUCAGAAUGUUCGAGACCACAGAGGUCUGUAAUUUGUCAACUUCACAGAUGACACUGGUGACUUAAUGCAUAGAUGCUAAUUUUUAAAAGUGUGUCGGGUUCUGACACGUAAACUAUUGUCGAUACAUGUUACAAUAAAUGAAAUGAAUUACGAAUUCACCGAUGUAUGACAUCAACUUUUAAUAUAGCCAUGGAUGCUGUUACUCUCAUUUUGCUUUGAAUUCAGAAGGGCAAGCAUAAAAAGGAACAAAGUCAGAGCUUCUUUGAUAUUAAUUUGAUAUUCAUGAACAGUUUCCAAUCUAUUGUUUCCUUACUCUAUGA